CCGUAACGUGAGAGGCGUUGACUGUUGUGAUAGAAGUUAGCCUUUUUCCUCCCGACAGCUGCCUGUAAACACAGUUAUUCUUCAUUAUUGUGAAUCAAACGCAUUAGCAGAGGCUGGUUUGAAGUGAAGGAAGCGGCAGCAUUGUUUGACAAACAGGUGACUCCAGGUGACUCCAGGUGAUUCCAGGUGAUUCCAGGUGAUUCCAGGUGACUCCAGGCGUCUCCAGGCGUCCCCCCGCAGACAGUAUGAGCUCUAAAGGCGGCGGCGGCCCCGCUCUGACUCGCCGCACCUAUAGACUGGCUUCAGACGCGGACAAACCCAGAGCUACAGGCAUCGUCAAGGAGAAGCUGCUGAGCGACUACCUGCACCAUGUGUUCCCCCCCACCAAGCAGGGCCCGGCCCUGGCCUCCCUCAGGAAGCCUCUGGGUUUCCAGGAUGUCGACGCUCACCUGGAGAGGCUGCUGUGUGAGGGAGAGGCGGCGGAGGACAAAGAUCAGCCGGUUGAAGGGCGACUCGGCCCGCAGCCUGUCGUGCUGGAUCACACGAGUGGCUUCGAAGGACUUCUGUUCGUAGACGACGACCUGCUGGGGGUCAUCGGCCACAGCAACUUCAGCUCCAUCAGAGCCACCACAUGUGUUUAUAAAGGGAAAUGGGCAUACGAGGUGCUGAUCUCCUCUCAGGGGCUGAUGCAGAUCGGCUGGUGCACACUGAACUGUCGCUUCAACCAGGAGGAGGGAGUUGGUGACACCCCGGACUCGUACGCCUACGAUGGGAACAGAGUGAGAAAGUGGAACGUGACGACCACCAACUACGGGAAGUCGUGGGCGGCAGGCGACAUCGUCAGCUGCCUGACAGAUCUCGACGAGGGAACCAUCACCUUCUGCUUGAACGGCCAGUCUCUGGGUACAGCGUUCACCAACAUUAAGAUGGGUCCCGGCGUCGCCUACUUCCCUGCCAUCAGCCUGUCCUUCAAAGAGUCCGUGGCUUUCAACUUCGGCAGCCGACCACUCAGGUACCCUGUGGAGGGAUACCUGCCCCUGCAGAACCCCCCCACUGCAGACCUGCUGAAAGCUCACAAGCUGCUGGGAUACAUGAAGAACGUCCUCUCCACCGCCAUCGACGCUCAGGAGGAGCGUCUGCUGGAGAAGGACUGUACGUCCUGGAGGCUUCAGGGAGAGCCCACUGUCCUCGUGACUCUGGCUCACAUCUUCAACCACUUCGCUCCCCUGAUGUGUAAAGUUUACCUGGUGGAGGACGUGCUGAUGAACUUCCUGUUGGGGAUUCUGGAGGGAGGAGGCUCGGUGGAUGAACACCCGCUCAUCCAGCAGCUUCUGGAUCUCUUCUGGCUGCUGAUGGAGGACUAUGAAGUGAGUGAGUGUCUGAAGCAGCUGAUGAUGUCUCUCCUGCGGGCGUACCGCUUCUCCCCCAUCAUCCCCGACCUGGGCUUCCAGAUCCACUACCUGCGUCUGACCACGGCCAUCCUGCACCACGAGAAGUCCAGGAAGUACCUGCUCAACAACGUUUUGUUCGACGUCCUGCGCUCCGUCGUGUUCUUUUACAUCAAGACACCCCUGAGAGUGAAGGAGGCGGGGCUGGAGGAGCUCAUCCCCACCACCUGGUGGCCCACGCACUUCGACAAGGAGGGUAAAGAUGAGCGUGAGCCCAGCGAUGAAAGUGCAGAUGAGCGUCUGAGGCGGCGAGCGUACGAGAGAGGCUGCCAGAGACUGAAGAAGAGGAUCGAAGUGGUGGAAGAGUUGCAGGUUCAGAUCCUGAAGUUGCUGCUCAAUAACAAAGACAAAACUACGGGAGAAGCCUCGCGCUACAUUUUCCUCAACAAGUUCAGGAAGUUCCUGCAAGAAAAUGCCAGCAACAGAGGGCACCCGACAGCCCUGUGUCCUCCAGAGUACAUGGUGUGUUUCCUGCACCGCCUCAUCACGGCUGUGAGGGCGAGCUGGGACGACGGCAGCCGCAAGAGUCCGAGCUGCAUCAGCAGCGAAG